UCGCCUCGCCGCCGCUCAGUUCUUUCGGGACCUUCGACCUGUGCUGCGUGAAUAUUUGUGCAAAACCGACUCGGCUCUUCAUCAACCAAUUAUUCGCGGACAUUCUUUCGACCAAGAGGACGUUCUUUCGGAGAAAAUCAUCGACGUGCCAGUUUUUCUUCUCUCUACACUUUUCUCUGCCAUGGGCCUGCUUCUUCCCCGAGUCUGUCAACUUCUACAAGGAAACACCGGCUGAAAGCAAUAAGAUUUGAACUUUGACACUCUCGGCUGCAAAGACUAACGGAAUGGAGAAGAAGGACGUGAUUUGGACGGCGGUGCUGAGCUCGCUGGCCGCGCUGCUGACCCUGGUCGCGGCCCUGUACGCCUGCUACUGGUGGCAGCGCAGGAAGCGCAAGCGAGAGGAAGAGGAGGAAGAGGCCGAGCAGGUGGUGGUGAUGCAACACCCCACCUCGUCGCUCAGCCGCCUCAACGGAAUCCUCAGCUUGAAGACGCCGCUCAUCAGCACCAAGGCAUUGGGAGCUCAACUAGAGACUGCGGGUACACCAAACAAAACACCUUCAGGCACAUCGUCAAAUCUUGCAGGCACUUCCAUUCCAGAGGGCAAAUCGGCAGGAGCUACGUCACCGGCACCACAAAAUAAGGCGCUGCAAAAUGUCAAGAGUGAACACCCUUCGACGGCGACGGAAGGGAUGGCAUUUCUCCAGAAUCGUUCCAUCUCCCUCGUCGACAUGUACAUCGAUAACUCAGAGCCUUCGGAAAACGUCGGCCAGAUACAUUUUAGCCUCGAGUACGACUUCCAAAACACAACACUCAUCCUCCGCAUCAUACAGGGAAAAGAGUUGCCAGCCAAAGAUUUGUCCGGGACCUCUGACCCUUAUGUACGUGUCACCUUGCUGCCUGACAAAAAACAUCGCCUCGAGACCAAGAUCAAACGACGAACUCUCAACCCGAGAUGGAACGAAACUUUUUACUUUGAAGGAUUUCCAAUACAAAAGCUGCAGAGCAGAGUAUUGCACUUACACGUAUUCGACUACGAUCGCUUCUCACGGGACGACUCGAUAGGAGAGGUUUUCUUACCUUUAUGCCAAGUUGAUUUCUCGGAAAAGCCCUCGUUUUGGAAAGCACUGAAGCCGCCUGCCAAAGACAAAUGUGGUGAACUGCUGACCUCCCUCUGUUAUCAUCCUAGCAACUCCAUUUUAACGUUAACCCUUUUGAAAGCGCGCAACCUCAAAGCGAAGGAUAUCAAUGGCAAAUCAGACCCUUACGUGAAAGUGUGGCUACAGUUCGGCGACAAGAGAAUCGAAAAGAGGAAAACUGCCAUCUUCAAGUGUACCCUGAACCCAGUUUUCAACGACACCUUCAGUUUCAACGUGCCAUGGGAAAAGAUUAGAGAAUGCUCCUUAGACGUAAUGGUCAUGGAUUUCGACAACAUUGGACGAAAUGAGCUCAUUGGAAGAAUUUUGCUGGCUGGUAAAAAUGGUUCAGGUGCAUCAGAAACAAAGCAUUGGCAAGACAUGAUAACAAAACCUCGACAAACCAUCGUACAAUGGCAUAGGCUCAAACCCGAGUAGUUGAAGAGAGCAAGAAUCCUCCCCCAGCAUCCACUGUGCAAGAUACAAGCGUGCCACAAAGUUUGUCUUUUCAACGAAAUUUUGAAAUCAGCGCCGAAAGUUUACGAAAUUUCGAGCGAACCAAUAGAACGAGUUAAAAAAGAAAUUAUCGGCAGAGUAAUUAAAAAAAAAACAAGCCUCUAUAGAAAAGAUAGAUUAACUGGUGCGUAAAAUCUAAAGCGAUGUCUGUGUUCCUUGAUUAGCAUAACCUAGCCUAGGCUGAGACGAACUCUGAUUGUAUAAAAAUUAGCGUAUAUAUUCAUUCAGUCAGUCGUCCCCCUUCGAUUAAUUGUCCCAAAACACUUGGAACUUGCCGAAUACUGAAAGGGAUUUCAAAACGAUAUGCAGCUCUGUCUCACUGUAAAAAUUGUUAGCAAAAACAUUAAACUAUUAAAAAAAUAACAACACAUUGAACAAAAAAAUAAAAACACAUACACACUUGUAUAUCAUUGGAAAAUCUGUUGUAUUGAGGACAAAUAUAUUGACAAAGUAAUUCAUAAAAAUAUAUUUUAAACAGAACACACACGCAAGAAUUGACGCUUUUUAUCCAGCAGGGUGUCAAAAAUGCUUUCGUCGACGGCGCCUCUCACGAAUCAAAAUUAUUUGGUAUUGGAAUUUUUUGAAAAAAAACAAACGGCGCCGGUUCGAAUGAAGAGACUUUUUGCACCUUGCGAGUAAAUGUACUAAGACAUUGUAAGUGCGCUGCUCGCGGGAAUCGUUCCGAGUUGAGUUCAACUUUUCAGUUACGCCUUCUCAUGUAUCUGGAACAGAACGGCUUUUUGGAACGGGCGAUUCUCGGCGAAAACGCAGCACGCCGAUUGGAACCUCUAUGCUGUAGCAAUUUAAUUGGAAGAGCGAGGCAGAUUGGGUGUGUUUUGAAUGAUUUGAGAUGAAAACAAACACGCAUUCCUUGCUCUGAAAAGUGUAAAAAGUAGAAGUUUCUAAAUUAUAUAAUGCAUACCCCUGUUUUCAAAGUUCCGAUUGGCUACGAGUUGUUCGACUUUUCUGCAAGAAUUCUUCGCGUCUUUCACUAAAUUAAAUAUAUUCAAAAGCAGGGGGCUAUUGUAAAAUAUAGAGAGCCAAAUUAUGUAAAGGUUGAUAAAUUGUAAAAUAAAAAAAAAUCAGUCAAAGCAACGAGAGACCUAUUCAGAGAGCAUACAAAAUUUGAUAAAGAGAAAAACGAGACGUAUUGGGCAAAAUUAAUUAUUUACUGUUAGCGGUAAGUACGAAAGGUGUAAUUAAGAUUCCAGAAAAACACAUGAUUAUAUUUUAAUAGAAAGUUUCUAGUGUGUAUAAAAACCAAAUCUCUCUCUGUUUGAAAAAGAUAAUAUAUAAAAAAUUACUGAUUUAUAUUAGUUUGUAACGUUGUGCAGGUUGCAAGGACUACUAUAUUAUAUAAUUGCCGUCAAACUGCUAUGAAGCGUCAUACUGUAUGAUAUAUCACACGACAUGUCACGAACGCGAUCAAUUUCCAUUUUUUGCGUUUCACUGAACAAAACGAAAGCGAAUCGACCACACUGGUUUCAAGAGCGUAAGUAUGGUGUCGGCGGAAAAUAUACCAGAACCAGCGUACGUUUUUCUGUUCUAGAGCAUAACACGAGUAUAAGAUGAAAGCAGUGAUUGUUUUAGAUAUAAAUGUGUCGUGGAUUAUUACCGAGCUGUACUAUGCAUACAAAAAGGUGUUAUAGCCUCCCUGUUUGAUUUGUGCGUCUCCCCCCGUGUCGGUUUGAUUUUUCUCAGAGCUCCCGGGCAAGUUUCGACAAAUUGGAAAAGCAACGGAAAAAGGGGGGAUUUCUUUCUCUCUUCCAUUCUCAAAGACUAAAUAUAAUUAUAUUACAAUAUUAUCUUGCUAGUUUCAACAAAGUAAAAAGGCACAGUAAGUACAACACAACACGCCAAACACAAAAAUAAAACAAAAGUAAAGAGAAAUAUUUCAAGUUUGUGACGGUUGAAUUUGACAUAUUUAUUUUUUGAACAAGUCGAUGAUGAUGAUGAUGAUGGCACGACACACGCGGUUGAUACGUCAUUUGUGUGUGUGUGAGUAAAAAUAAAAAAUAAAUAAUUCGCGGGUGAGAAAAAGUAAUCUUUUCGGAAAGUUUAUAAAUAGUAAAAAUCUGUCUGUGUUUCUCAGCAGAGCGAUUAAAAAUUUGGAAACACAGUUUAAAUGUCUCAAAAUCUGUGAUAGUCACUAAUGAGUUGUUUAAAAUUAUCGAGUGCAGAAAUAGUUAAAUUGUUAAAAAAAUUGAAUCAAUUGGGCAGUAAAUAUAUGCAUUAGCAAAAACCGACAAUUUCUGUUUGGAUUUCGUUCGGUUGAAUUUUUAAUAAGAAAAACGUGGAUGUUUUUCUUCAGCUUUUAAUGGCAAAAAGCAGUCGUUUUAAAAAUACAUAAAAAUAUAGGGGGCCAAAUAAAUCAAGUGAAGAGAUGCAGAAUCGUCAGCACGUGUAAUAUGUACAGAAGCUAGAGAAAGUAUAAUUAAAACAGUAAAAUACGGUUUUUGAUUGCGACAAGCGCGGUUAAAAAUAAUUCAAAUUAUACUUGUUGCAGUUGACGAACGUUUAAUAUUAUCAUCUAUCGAAGUCUGUACGUGCGUAAAAACUUACAACAAUUGUAAUAUUGCAUCUCACCAUUCUAAAAGCAUAUUCAUGUAUUGCACUGAUAUAUGUGUGUGUGUUGUUGGUCGUUGAUGAAAAGCCUUCAGUGGACAAGAGGCGCUUUGGUCACUUGGCCUUUUGUCCAAAGGCCAAGAAGCCAAAAACCUUCUUCUGCACUCGAGGCUUUUUGUCCAACGGUUUAGACAAAAGGCCAAUUAUUUUAAGAGCCACCAACUCUUGGGCCGCGUAGCAAAAGGAGUAACUUUACUCCUAUAAUAUAAUCAUUAAAAAGCGAGAGAUGUUGAAAAAAACUAUAAUUUUUAGUAAAAUCCAAAGCCACAUCAAUUAUAAAUUUUUUUUUUAAUUGAAAGAAAAAUUUCAUAAUAUUUAGAUGAAAAAAAAACUAGCUGAAAUUAUUAACAAAAGUUAUAGAAAAUUUACUUUCAUACGUAACUGUUCAUUGAUGUUAGAACGAAACUAAUUAUUUGAAAACAUUAAUAUGCACUGAAAACCAAUCGCAACUCUCUUAAGCCACGAAAUUUUUGGCAAACAAUGAAAAUCCGUUAAACAUAUAAUUAUAGACGUAAGCGAGAGUUAAUUGAUUUUAACGUACACGUGAGGAAAGGACUAGGAAAAGCAUCAAUGUGUAACAAACAUUAGUGCCUCUUGUAAAUGUAUCGAAGCGUAUUAUUAAAAAUAAAUAUAUACAUGAUUAUUUUUUCGUUGAUAAAAGCGUAUAUUAGAUGUUAAUCUACAUGCCGGUUUUCCAUUUUCAGAGUAAUAAUCACUGUUGCAUGCCGAAAACUAAGUGGAAAUUUCAAUAAUAGGUGUUUGUGUAGCGACCCACCAGUGAAAACGUGUACAUUAUUUGGUGUUCCAUAAAAGAAAAAUUCAACAAAACUUUCGGAUUGCAACCUGCAAAUCCGUUUCAGAAAAUAUAUAUAUUGCCGGGAGUUGAAAAUAUCAUUGAGAUUCAUUUUCGUUUUCUGCCUCGGAGCUCUGAGACACGUCAAACAGGCACCCAUGCUAUCUUUUGUUCAACAGAAUUUCAGGACCCUGUGUAUUACAUUCACUUUUGGUUUGUAUGAAUAAACUGUUUAACCUGUGAUUUAGU